AACAGAUUAUAUCGACGAUGAAGCAGAUGACAUGGAAGUAAACUUCACGUACAUUGUUCGCAUCUACUUGUCUAGCUUUUUAAAUCUGGUUAUGUUCAAAUGGACCAAUUUCGCGAAGGAACCUCAGGUUGUGAUAUCAUUUUUAAAUUAUUUACAUAACCAUAAGGUAUGUCCGGAGUAUGAAGAAGAUAUGCAAAUGGCUUUGCAAAUCGCUCACAAAGCAAAAGAAGAAUUACCAAAUUGCAAAGCGCUCGCACAGAAUGCGCCAGGAAAACUCAACAAGGCGUGUUCUUUAUUAUUCGGAGGAGAAUUAUAUGGUAUGCUUGAUGAUCCUUGGAAUGGAGAAGAAAUGGUAGCGUCAAUGAUAGUUAUUUGGCGCUAAGAGUUGACCCGAGUUAAAGAAGAUUCUAGAACCUCUUUGACAAUGUGAAAUUAUUAGAGUUGAA